ACGGGGUUUAGUUGGAGAGUUGGGGGCCGGGGCGGUCCAGACGCCUGUUUGCCAGCUUUUCUUGCUCCGCGGGUACGGAGGAGCGGUGGCGACCUCGGCCUCCAACCCCUCCAGCGAACUGUAGUGGAUGCUGCGGCGGCCAGGAUGAUGCUACUGGGAUUACUGCAGGCGGGAGGGUCGGUGUUGGGGCAGGCCAUGGAGCGGGUGACCGGCGGCAACCUCCUAUCCAUGCUGCUGAUCGCCUGCGCCUUCACGCUUGGCUUAGUCUACGUGUUUCGCCUCGCAGUCGGCCACCUGGCCCCCGUGCCUGUCGGGGCGAAAAGUCCACCAUACAUUUUCUCUCCAAUUCCAUUUCUUGGACAUGCCAUAGCAUUUGGGAAAAGUCCAAUUGAAUUCCUAGAAAAUGCAUAUGAGAAGCAUGGACCUGUUUUUAGCUUUACCAUGGUGGGCAAGACAUUUACUUACCUCCUGGGGAGUGAUGCUGCUGCACUGCUUUUUAACAGUAAAAAUGAAGACCUGAAUGCAGAAGAUGUCUACAGUCGCCUGACAACACCUGUGUUUGGGAAGGGAGUUGCAUACGAUGUGCCUAAUCCGGUGUUUUUGGAGCAGAAGAAAAUGUUAAAAAGUGGCCUUAACAUAGCCCACUUUAGACAGCACGUUUCUAUAAUUGAAAAAGAAACAAAGGAAUACUUUCAAAGUUGGGGAGAAAGUGGAGAAAAAAAUUUGUUUGAAGCUCUUUCUGAGCUCAUAAUUUUAACAGCUAGCCAUUGUUUGCAUGGAAAGGAAAUAAGAAGUCAACUCAGUGAGAAAGUAGCUCAACUGUAUGCAGAUUUGGAUGGAGGUUUCAGCCACGCAGCCUGGCUGCUGCCAGGUUGGCUCCCUUUGCCUAGUUUCAGACGCAGGGACAGAGCUCAUCGAGAAAUCAAGAAUAUUUUCUAUAAAGCAAUCCAGAAGCGCAGACAGUCAGAAGAAAAACCUGAUGACAUUCUCCAAACUUUACUAGAUUCUACUUACAAGGAUGGGCGUCCUCUGACAGAUGACGAAGUGGCAGGCAUGCUUAUUGGACUGCUCUUGGCGGGGCAGCAUACAUCCUCAACCACGAGCGCCUGGAUGGGCUUCUUUUUGGCCAGAGACAAAACACUUCAAGAAAAAUGCUAUUUAGAACAGAAAACAGUCUGCGGAGAAGACCUGCCUCCUUUGACUUAUGACCAGCUGAAGGAUCUAAAUGUACUUGAUCGCUGUAUAAAAGAAACAUUAAGGCUUCGACCUCCUAUAAUGACGAUGAUGAGAAUGGCCAAAACCCCCCAGACUGUGGCAGGGUAUACCAUUCCUCCAGGACAUCAGGUGUGUGUUUCUCCCACUGUUAAUCAAAGACUGAAAGACUCAUGGGUAGAACGUCUGGACUUUAAUCCUGACCGCUACUUACAGGACAAUCCAGCCUCAGGAGAGAAGUUUGCCUAUGUGCCAUUUGGAGCUGGGCGUCAUCGUUGUAUUGGGGAGAAUUUUGCUUAUGUUCAAAUCAAGACAAUUUGGUCCACUAUGCUUCGUUUAUAUGAAUUUGAUCUCAUUGAUGGAUAUUUUCCUGCUGUGAAUUAUACAACCAUGAUUCAUACCCCUGAAAACCCAGUAAUCCGAUACAAACGAAGAUCAAAGUGAAAAAGGCCGCAAGGAACUAAAAUGUGAAACAUCACUGUAAACUGCAAAAGCAUUUGAAGUGAAUGAAGUUUACGAAACAAC